CUCGUAAAAGGAUCGCCGUCUCAAUCCAUCGGCGUCGAUUUUGACUCCUUACCCACGACUGGUCAGGGGCGCGCUGCUGUUUUUAGCUCUACCUCUGGACGACUUGUAUCGGUACACGCUUGCGCUGCAGCGGGAGCUCCAGACGCUUGGGACAGGUGUGUUUCACAGCCGAAAAAGACGACGUGCGCUACGAGUUCUACGACACGCUACCAGGGACGUCGAAGGUGGUGGGUGUGCCAGACGAGUCUAGCGACACACGCGGGCAAAGUAGGCAGGUACCUGUACCCCCGUGGCCCCCGAGGACCCUGCCCUGGUGGGUGAGGUGCUGUCUGGAGGUGGUGGUGGUAGUACCUGAGAUUAGAGGUACCUGCGCCCAGUACGCGAGCUCCGCGCCACCCGUGAGUACCGUACUCACUCGCGCUCGGCCGCCCGCGCCGGGCUGGGCUGCUGUCUCGUCUCCUGCCUGGCGCGACCUCCUGACAAAAACGCCAGAUCGUCAUCGUCGCCCAGUCAGCCGGUUUCCCUUUCUGCCUCGCGACGACCACGCACUUCAGCAAACAAACACCCACGCCGCACCCGGCAGACAACGACGGUGACGGCCCGCAGCGAUAAUCAAGUCAGGCACCCCCCUAUCCCCCUCGUCUGAGGCCGCCGCGCCCGCGCCGGCACUCGUGACGACAACGGGCUGCCGCCAUGAACGCCAUCCAGCAAAAGUGCCGGCCCAAGCACCAGGUGCUGGUGCUCAAGUGCUACCCGCGCACCUCAAAGGGGGCCGUCGACGUCAAGCCCAACAGCAGCGAGCUGAGCUACCUGCUCUUCUACGCCACCAAUCGCCGCUCUAAGAUCCAGAAGAUUGGCGCGUUUCUCGAGAAGAAGACGGCCAGCGAUGUCUGGCGCAUGCGCAUCGGGAACGUGCAGGUGACGCUCGGCAUCCUAGCUGCCCUCGUCGAGAAGUCGCCAAAAGAUGUCGCCCUCAUCGCCCCCUGUAUCCUCCGCGUACUCGACCUCGUACUGCGCUCCGACGACAUCACCAUGAUCGAGUCCUCGCUUCCCACAUUCGAGGCCUUUUGCGAGCAUCACGGAGCGUCCUCUCUCUUCGCAGACCACUCGUACUUGCAACAGUACCAGGCCAUUGUGCGCUCGUACGCGCAGCUGGCGUCGCCACACCAUGUGCCGGCCAAGGGCGGCCCCGUCAGCCGUCCCGUCCAGCUGCGCUGGCGAAACGCCGGCCUCGACGCAAUCAAAUGCGUCGCUUCAUCGGAUGCCCUGUCGUCGGUCGUCGGUCGCCAGGUCGACGUGAUAGUCCCCAUGAUACUGGAGAAUAUGUGGACCGACGACGACCACUUUCUCGAUCUACUCCAUGGCCGCGUGCAGACGGGAGAAAGGUCAGAGGCGGACAAGAUGUUUCGUCGGAGGAACAGCGUCAACACGGUCAGGACUGCCGAUACGGCGGGCGACACGAACCCACUAGCCAUCUCCGGGACUGCCAUGGACGUCGACAAGCUUGCCGAGGAAGAUAUUGGGGUGCUGGCCAUGCAGUGCCUCAAGAACAUCUUUGUGGUCCCCAACAGGGCUCAAAUUCACAUGGCCACUUUUUCUCUGCUCAAGUUCAUCUCGCAGAAGGUAGCGCAGGGCGAAGACGUGGUUGUGCCCACGGAAAAGGGUGAUGAAGGCGACGCUGGGUGGGCAGUCAAAAUUUACGGCAUUGUCGCAAGGUGGGCACCGGUGCAAGAUCGCUAUGUCAUCCUGGUCGCCGCACUCGAAACGAUGAUGAAGACGCCCGUCAAGGACGACACCCUCAGACAGCAUCUUACCUUAACGGCAAUGAUGCGGUCCCUGUUGAGAUCGGACACAAACCUAAUCGGGCUAAGCAUGAUGGAUGUGCUGCUUGGCCUCGUCAAGCAAACUAAGAGGCUGUUUCAGCUUCACAAUGGCUCAGCACACGAGGGGAGUCAGAGCGAAGAGAAGACAGACGCCGAGAAGGAGCCCCAGAAUAGGACGCAGCGCAAGGGUCUACUCCACCAACUCGAAAGAUGCAUAGGCGAUCUUGCAACGCAUGUCUACUACGCCGACCAAAUUUCAGACAUGGUGUCAGCCCUGGUUAGCAAGCUCAAGCCCGGCCGAACCGCCAGCAUUAGCUCCCUUGGCCAGGUCGACAAGCGAGACGCCAACGAAAAUGGCGGGCCGGCCUCGUCUAACGUCGACUUGCCAGGCCAUCAGUCGCCGCCGUCCGACACGGACUUCUCGUACAAGAGGAGCAAGGUAUCGGCGUUGAGGGUGAUCAAGGCCAUUCUGCUCGUCGCGAAUCCAAAGACGCGCAUGAGCGGAAACAAAGACCUUUCGCGAAACCGCGUCCCUGUCACGGUCUGGGAGGGGACGCAGUGGCUGGUGCGCGACCCGGACGGUCAGGUGCGAAGGGCGUACGUGGAUGCGCUGGCGACCUGGCUGGAUCGAGAGACGGUUAAGUCGGAUGCAGACGCGCAGGACGACGCCAACCUUCAGUCACGAUCGUCCACCGCCAAGCAUAGCCGCGAUAUGCCGAGCUCACGACGAGCAGUGUCAGGCGCGUCAAAGGGCGAAAGGCAGCCGAGAGCGCGGCGCUCGCAAUUCUUGCCACUGCUGCACCUGGCCAUCUACGACAGUGCACUCCAAUUUGUCGACUUUGACAGCGACAUUGCAUUCUUGCACAACCUACUCACGAGGCUAGUCUUCAGCCUUGGAGUUAACGCGACUCGUUAUGGCAUUCCCAUGAUCUAUCGCCUUCAAGAAGAUGUGCUGGCGCUUGAUCAGCCGAUUCACAAAGUUCGGAUCGCUGCCCUGUGCCAUGGUUACUUUUGGGUUCUGACCGAAAAGUUCGACUUUGAGUCGUCCGUAGUUGGUCUGGCCAUUCAGAACGAGAUCAUUCGGCGCAGAAGCAAGGGCUUCUGGGUUCAGGGUGUUCAGGUUCCUCCGCCAUUGCUCGACCAUCUUGGAACGCCCGGCCACACCGGACCGCCGCCUACGUGGGACCUCAGCGCGCUCGAGACAGAAGAGUUGCUACCUUUCGACGACCGUACGUCUCUCGUUGAGUGCGUUGCCACGGGCUACAGGGAGAGCUCCUUGUCCCCUCCCGCAAGCCCGGCAGCCUCGCCAGGGCGCUCUCACACCACCCCCAUUCUUGGAUCGAGCAUGAAUUCGCUGCCUCCGGGUGAGCACGGCCAUGAUCUCCCCGGCAUCUUCCGCGACAACAUGCUUGCUGAGUGGUCGAGGGACUCUGCCCUUUCGGCGCUGGCCGAGUGUAAAACCGAGUCCAUUACGGGCUCCAAGACAGGCACCACGGGGACCAAUCAGAACCGACUCACGAUCAAUACGGCUGGCGUCAAUGGAGGCGGGUACCAGCCGGCGUCGCCGUUUGGCAGCAUGCGCAAUCUGCGACCACAUUCGUCUCAAGUGCAUGGCGACCGACUCAACUCGAUGACGAACCUCCGCAAGACGAGCAUGCGAAGCGCCGUGUCGCCUUCGAUCUCCGAGUCUAGCAAAGGAGGCAUAGCUUCCGUGGAGCAGUUGAAGAUGAUCUUGGCCGGCAACGUUUCGCCACAAAUGGCGGGCAUCCCCGGCGUCGACGAGGACGAGGACGACAGCGGCGAUAGCAUGGUCAGUUUCGAGUACACCCCGUCAGAAGAGGAGAGCUUCAGCCCGACCACACAACCGGACAACGGCGGAACGAUGGGUGAUGCGUUGAGCAGGACCGUUUCGGGCUCCAAGUUCAAGGGGCCAUUGUCUUCAAACCCUACUUAUCAGGUCAACUGCGAGGACGAGGAGGACGUGCCUCCUGUCCCACCGCUGCCGAACCUGAGCUCUUUGUCGAACAAGGGGAGCAUGCUGCACGGCGACGUUUCCGUGCACGACUAUGCGGCGAGCUCUGUUCGCCGAAACCUCAGCAGCCGUGGUGGAGACAGCGUGCGAGCCAAGUCUUUGCGGUCUCGAGAGGACGGCCGGGGUACGGACUUGCAGGAUCUUCUUCGUGGUAUCGAUAGCAGGGCUGGAGAAGGCAGUCUCGGAAAUCUGACGAAGCCACCCUACUAAUGUGCGGUGACAGAGCGAGAGUGGAGGAUAGUUCAACAAUUGGAGAGGCGGUCAACAACUGCUUCGAGAACAUGGUACGAUACGGAGUACAUGUUAUAAGGAUUACGCGGGGGUCGAGGAGGGAGCACAUGUCCCCGUGGAUAGAGGACAAAGAGGCCACGGAGAGUACGCGGUAAGAAGGAGGUAAUAUGUUGCGCAUGUAUGAAUAGGACUGUGGUCUGGUGAUUUGCAUCCAUCUUCGGGUGUACAAAAGUCCUUGCGCAACGAAGUAAUGGAGGCCCGAGGGAGCCAGAGGCCUUGCGGAGGACGGGGAUAUACCUUUGACCAAGCCAGUAGCGUUGCGAGCGAUUAGACCAGCGAAUAACCACAUUGUGCCA